AUGGAUGGUAUGCGCCAACGCCAUCAGCCCACGCACAUCUCUCAUCUCCAAAUCAACCCCCUCAACCCCCAUCAAAGCCCCCGCAAUCCCUUCAUACCCGCUCUUCGCCACGCGCCCCAGCGCAUCCACCCCGAGAACCCCCACCAAGAUGCGCACCCGCGCCUCGUCCCCACGCCGCGCCGUAUAACACAGCAGCGUCUGCGUGCCCAUAAAACGCACAUUAACAUUCAGCUUCCCCGUCGCAAGCAACAGCCGGAUAAUCUCCGCGUGUCCGUUGACAACAGCCCACACGAACGGCGUCACGAACCCGCCUCGCCGCGGCUCGAUUUGCGUCCGCGGAUCGUCAAGGAGAACCUCGACGAGCUCCGUGUGUCCGUACCGCGCCGCGAUCCCCAGUGGCUUCUCCACUAGACCUUCAUUCAGACACACAAGCCAACUAGGUCCACAUCGCACAUCAACC